AUGGAUUUCAUGAUUUCACACUUCUGCGAUGAGCAGAAUCAUCAACCCCUUUAUAAGACUAGAAAACAAUCUAUAUCUGAUAACAAAAAUGGGCCAACGCUCCUCAGCUCUUCAUUGCCAACUGAUGAGUGCUCUGAUUCGGACACGGAGAAUCGACUCCCUCCGGAGACUGAGCUCGGAAAUAUCGAGUACAAAGCUAAACUAGUAAAUCCUACAACUUCUCGAAUACAACAUCUUAUCACCCAAAUGAAAUGGCGCCUAAGAGAAGGACAAGGUGAAGCAAUUUACGAGAUUGGAGUUGAGGAUGGUGGAGCAAUGUCGGGUCUAACUGAUGAAGAGCUUCGUGAUUCUCUCCGGACCUUGAAAACCAUGGCGCAGGCUCUUGGGGCCAGCAUGGUAGUUCUUACAGAAAAAGAUGUCACCGUAAAGGGUUCUACCGUCAGGCGGACUGUAGUUGAGGUUCUUGUCCGCAAGGUUCCAGAGAGCCAGCAGUUUAUCGAAGUCCGACUUGCGGUUGUCGGCGGAUGUGAUGUUGGAAAAUCAACUUUGUGCGGAGUUCUGACACAAGGAUGUCUCGACGAUGGAAAUGGAAAAGCAAGAAUUGGCAUAUUCAGAUAUCCUCACGAAGUUCGAACAGGAAAAACAAGUUCAGUUUGCAAUGACGUCAUUGGUUUCGAUAACCGUGGAAAGCUUGUCAAUUACGCGCAAAACAGUCUUGAGGAAAUGGUCGAGAAAUCUUCAAAACUAGUCACCCUAAUUGACUUGGCUGGCGAUGCAAAAUAUCAGAAAACAACAAUUCACGGAUUGACUGGCUACACACCUCAUUUCGCUUGUCUCGUCGUUGCUGCUGAUCGCGGAAUCACAUGGGCUACUCGAGAACAUCUUGGACUGAUUGCUGCACUCAACAUUCCGAUGUUUGUGCUUAUAACCAAAAUGGAUCUUGUGGAUCGUCAGGGAUUGAAAAAGAUUAUGAAAGACGUUUCGAUUCUUGUUUCAAAAGCAGGAAUGGUUGCUCGUGAGAAACGAGUGAAAACGAAAAGAGAUGCAGUGAAAGCAGCUCAAGAGUUGUGCGUUGGUAACAUUGUUCCACUUCUUGCUGUCAGUUCAGUUAGUGGAGAAGGUUUUCGAUAUCUGAGAACUCUUCUUAACUGCCUUUCUACCGCUGGAACUGCUGAAUCACGUCUCCAACUUGUUGGGCUUCCUGUUUACUUUACGAUAGAGGAGCUUUAUAAUGUUCCUCAUGUAGGGCAAGUAGUAGGAGGAAUGCUGACAGAAGGACAACUACACGAAGGAGCAGAUGUUCUUGUUGGACCAAUGAAAGAUGGAAGUUUUGAGAAAGUAACAAUCGGAUCGAUACGGAGAAGCCGGCAGGCUGUGGGGUGUGUGAAUCCAGGCGAGGCUGCAUCAGUGUCUCUGAAUCUACCGGAUGGUGUGGUAUUGAGAAGGGGAAUGAUUCUAUCUGGAGUCGACCAUCAACCUCCAGUCUGCUUCGAAUUUACUGCCAAUCUUUUACUUCUGUGCCAUACGACGAAAUACAUAUGUGAAGGAUUUCAGGCAACAGUAUUCAUUGGAUCCGUUUGCACCACUGCCACAAUCACUCACAUCACUGACGCUGACUGUCUUCGCCCUGGUAAAUGGGCAAUAGUUCGAAUGUGCUUCGCAUACCAACCGGAAGUCAUUCGCGAAGGAUCACCAAUCAUUCUUCGACAAGGAAAAACCAAAGGAAUGGGCGAGGUGUUGAAAGUGUUCCCAAGUUCUCAAUAA